AUGGUGGAUGCAACCUUCUUGAAAUCAAAAUACCGCGGUGUGCUCAUGAUAGCAGUAGCAAAAGAUGGAAACAACAGCAUAUUUCCUCUCGCAUUUGGUAUUGCUGACUCUGAGAAUAAUGAAUCCUACAGGUGGUUCUUCAGACACGUGAAAAAGGUGUUUGGCACGCGCAAAGACCUAUCAAUUCUUUCCGAUCGCCACUCGUCAAUUGCAACUGCAAUCAAAGAACUGUAUCCAGAUACCCAGCAUGGAAUAUGCAUCUACCACAUGGAGAAGAACUUGCAGAAAUAUUUCCCAUCCGAAGCAAUCCUAUCAAUCGUUCUACAAUGCGCAACUACCUACAAACGAGCGAGUUUCGUACCUAUAUGUCACGUAUACAACAAAUCGACCCAAAAGGCAGCAGAAUACAUAGAAGAAGAACCACCGGAAAGAUGGGCACGUUCAUUCCACACCAACAGGCGUUACAACAUGCUCACAACAAACAAUGUCGAGACAAUGAAUUCUGUAUUGAGGAAAGCAAGGGAGUUGCCAAUAAUGGCAUGUAUUGAUUACAUCCAGAACAAGCUGAAAUAUUGGUUUUACCAGAGAAAAUUGGACGCAACAGGACCGUCCCAUGACCUGACAUGUUGGGCUGAAAAGAUUCUGCUUGAAAAGAUAAGCAGAGGCUUCACAAUGAAAGUAGAAAACAUAACUCCCGUCAAAUUUGUUGUGAAAGAUGAAGGAUAUCAAUACAAUGUAGACCUGAAGAAUAUGACUUGUAUAACAGUUUUUGCCGGGGAAAAUGGUAAAACAAAAUUGGUAUCUCAAAGACUACAUCCUGGGUUUGUCUUUGUUGCUGGUUUUGGCAACUUUUCUGAACUUAAAUUAUGCCGUAAACGGCAUAACUUCUAUUUACAAAAUGAGAAACUAUGCCGACACCGGCAAAAUUCUAUUACACAACCACCAUGA